ACAAGCUAAGAAGCUCCAUAGCUGAAUUCAGAGAGCACAAACACGUACAAAAAGCGAGUGCAAAUUAAACCGAAUGGCUGCCUCCAGCUACUUCAUUCUCGUUGCUUUUGUAGCAUUGGUCAUUUCACAGGCCACUGCCUCUGACCCUAGUCCGCUCCAAGACUUUUGUGUUGCCGACAAACACUCUGGGUAUGCAUACUCUCGCUUUAAGUCAUGCUUGAAGGUGAAUGGAUUUGUUUGCAAGGACCCAAUGGCUGUGAACGCAGAUGACUUCUUCAAGGCAGCAAACCUUGACAAGCCUAGGGACACAAUGAAAAGCAAGGUUGGAUCCAAUGUCACUUUGAUCAAUGUCAUGCAGCUGCCUGGACUCAACACCCUGGGCAUGUCAUUGGCUCGCAUUGAUUAUGCACCAUUAGGUCAGAAUCCGCCACACACACACCCCCGUGCCACAGAGAUUCUCACCGUGCUUGAGGGUACACUCUAUGUUGGAUUUGUCACCUCCAACACAGACAACGGUAACAAGCUAUUCGCCAAGGUUCUCAACAAGGGUGAUGUGUUUGUGUUCCCUCAAGGGCUCAUACACUUCCAAUUCAACCCGAUCCAUGACAAGCCAGCUGUCGCAAUCGCUGCACUAAGCAGCCAGAACCCUGGAGCUAUUACAGUUGCAAACGCAGUCUUUGGAUCAAAGCCACCGAUCUCAGAUGAUGUCUUGGCCAAGGCCUUCCAGGUGCAAAAGGGAACAAUUGAUUGGCUUCAAGCUCAGUUCUGGGAGAACAACCACUACUAAGUAAAUCAAGACUCAGUUCAUUAUAUUGUAUAGGAAGAUAUGCUUAUAUAUGCAUUUUGCAUAUUCCUGUGUCUACUCAGUUACGCUAUGUUACAGCCGA